AUGGAGUUUGUAGCCUCUGCCUUGGAUGAAUUAUGCAUAACUGAACAAGGUAAAAUAGGGGGUAGGAUGGGUCAUCGGAGUCACAACAAUGACGACGAAUACAAGUCCAAGAACCUCCACGCCGAGAGGAGGAGACGGCAGAAACUCAGUGAACGCCUCCUCACCCUACGUGCAUUGGUCCCAAACAUUACAAAUAUGAACAAAGCAACUAUUGUUGAGGAUGCCAUCACUUAUAUCCACGAGCUGCAGAAGACUGUGAACAUACUCAAAGACCAGCUUUUCGAUAUGGAAGCAUCAGAAGAAGAGGCACCAGAGCCAAAGAAAGAAGAAAUUCAUUCUGCAGAAGAGAUGAAGAAAUUUGGGAUUCAGGCAGGGGUCAAUGUGACUCAGAUAGAUGGGAACAAACUUUGGGUAAAGGCAAUCCUUGAGAAGAAAAGAGGUGGGUUCACUAAACUGAUGGAGGCCAUGACUGCCUUUGGCUUUGAACUCACUGAUACCAGUGUCACUACCUCCAAUGGAGCAAUGCUUGUUUCAUCUUGUGUCAUGGGAUUCUACUGCGAAACGCUUGAAGUUGAGCAAACCAAGGAAUUGAUGCUAGAGAUCAUCAGUAGCAUAUAGAGCAAAUGGAAGCAUCAGAUAUUCUAUUCUAUUUACC